GGAUUCACGUGCCGGGGCCCCGCUCGCGCAGUGACGUGGAGGUUCCCCGCUGCGUCCGUCGGUGACAUCGCCGGCCUCGGCCUCUCCCGCGGCCUCCGCCUCCUCGCCGCGUCCUCCGCCUCGUCCCCACUACGCGCCUCAUCGAGCCGUGCGCGACGCGAGACAGGGCCGCGCCGCCCGUCUCAUCCCGCCCGGUGACGCGCGGCGGCGACCGCUCUCGGCGCGAGGCCCCGCGGCCUAACCCCCCGCUGUCGGAUAGAAGCUCUGCCCCAGGCAGAGCGAGCCUCGUCGGGGGCCGAGCGAGGCCCCGCACCCCCCCUCCCGCCUGGCUCUGUAGCCGGCAACGUCGGACUUGACGAUACUCUUCGAUCCUCGGCUGGCUUCUUCUCCGCCCUUUAUAUCUCUCUGCAAGCCGCUCCGUGUCCGCUGUAACAGAUUUGAGGGAGGGAAGGAAACUUCCAAAGCGGCCUUGCUGCGAAUUGUCGUCGGGAGUUGUUGCGGUGCACAGCGAGGAGGCGGCUUCGUGAACCCGUCCGUGCGGACCGAGGCGUGCUCGCCUCCCCUAUGCGGCGUCGGUGUUCUUCAUUGUGCCGUGAUUUAAGUAUUCCGGUAUCUGUGGUGAAAGCGUCUGGAGAUCUAGCCGAAGCUCUGCCUUGAUUAUAAUCUGCCUGCCGUUUAUGCUAUAAAACGAACGGCUAUUGACCAACGCCUGGUGUAUUUUAUAAUGCGUUCGGUCUCAAGUCGGUGAUUCAGUGUGUAUGUUGAACUUAGUUCGCAUCAUGCGUAGCCACCCCCUGCUAACUUCGGUGACAUCACUCUACGAAAAGCGGGUUUGAUUACACACAGCAGGCAUUGUUUACCGUGACUGGGAAGAGAGUUGUCGACGAGGCUUGUUGAGGACAAUAUUGACACUUACAGUCUUAGAGAUGUGUUAAUUACGCAGGUAGCGAGUUUGUUUACGUGUAGCCACCGCUCAACGCAGUGUGUCAAUGUUUGUUAUGAUAAACUGAUCAUUAUUAUUCGUGUUUAUUAUUGCUAAGUCUAGUCGCCUGUCACACGGAUGGCCGUGGCAUCGGGGAGGUGCUGUGCUUGCUAUUGACGUUGGCUGCACACUUAACAGCGCGAAUGUUGACAGCUGGCCGCUUGAGAGCCAGCACUACUCUUAAAGGGGCGAGUUAAUGUCACUGCAAGUGCAGCAUUGUCGGGGUUUCUUCCUAUUAUCAUCAUCAUCAUCAUCUAAAAAGUAAAGUUAUUGUGUGACAUUGGAUCGCGGACAAAACUAUAAACGUGCGUGCAUAUUUGAAAAGACUUGGAACGCGCACAGCCAGAGAGAAAGUCAAUGUUAGGACCCGACUGCUUUUGUAACUGCGUGAAACAGCGUGAGGCUGAAAGCGACUUCCGCUGGCUAGAGAAGCGAAUUCAUCUGCUGACUCUGCGUGCUCACUCAGCAGAAAGUAUGAACGUCAAGAGGCAGCCCGACGACACGGACUAGCCUCUGAAGACUUGCCGCGUCGUGACACGCAACCUGGGGUUGAAUAGGAACGCCACAUCGCGAAUUAAGCAUUGGCAAGAGGUGACGAGAUAUUGGUGUGUUGAGACGCAUCGGUCAAUAUCACGAGCACCCCAUGUGUGGGUGGGGGGGGCGGUUAUUUCAGACACGUCUCAUCUGCAAGGGGAUUUGCGUACCACACUCUUUUUUUUAAAGUCCUUCAAGGCAAGUGACUCACUGUUGAAGACUUUAAACAUGCUAACUACUUUGCAAAGAAGACCUGGCCCUCGUGCAUAUUAAACCAGUGUGGUUUGGCUUUAUAACUGGGGAGUGCACCCCAAUAUUUCAUUUUUUGAGAGACCCGUCGCCGCGGCAUUAUGACCAAGGGGAAGCGAGCGGGUCGCAAGCGCGUCUCCAUCCGUCUCAAGUUCGCCGAGAGCUGCGUGGGCUCGGGCCAGGCUCUCUCUACUGCCAGCUGCAUGCCGGCCCGACGGCUCAGCGGCGCCGACUGGUGCCGCCUGUGCCGCCGCACGCUGCUCACGUUGGGCCUCGUGGUGCUCUACUACAGCUUUUCCAUCGGCAUCACCUUCUACAACAAGUGGAUGAUGAAGGGUUUCCACUUCCCGCUGGCCAUGACCAUGGUGCACAUGGCGAUGAACUUCAUGUUUUCGGCGCUGGUGCGAGCGAUGAUGCAGUGCGCCGGGGAGCGGGAGCGCGUGGCCCUGCCUUGGCCCGAGUAUCUCAAGCGCGUGGGGCCCACGGCCAUUGCGAGCGCCCUGGAUAUUGGCCUGUCUAACUGGAGCUUCCUGUUCAUUACAAUUUCAUUAUACACCAUGACCAAGUCAACGUCGAUCAUCUUCAUCCUCCUCUUCUCCAUCGUGUUCAGGCUGGAGAAGGCUCGGCCGAGCCUCAUCGUGGUGGUGAUCCUCAUCGCGGGCGGCCUCUUCAUGUUCACCUACGAGUCAACCCAGUUCAACCUGGAGGGCUUCCUGCUCGUGCUCACCGCCUCGUUCAUCGGCGGGAUCCGCUGGACGCUCACCCAGAUCCUCACUCAGAAGGCAGAGCUCGGGUUGCACAAUCCUGUGGAUGCUCUGUAUCACCUGCAGCCCCUCAUGCUCGCCGCUCUCUUCCCACUGUUCCUCUACAACGAAGGUGUGAGCUUGGCGUGCACGGAGAAGCUGUUUGGCUUCCACGACAGCGAGGUGCUGCUGUGGUCCGUGGGGACGCUGGCGCUCGGAGGCGUGCUCGCGUUUGGCCUCAGCUUCUCUGAGUUUCUGCUCGUCUCCCAAACGUCCGGCCUCACUCUCUCCAUUUCCGGCAUUUUCAAGGAGGUGUGUACGCUGGUGCUGGCCACGCACAUCAACGGAGACGUAAUGUCUCCGCUCAACUGGGUGGGCUUCGGCGUGUGCCUGGCGGGCAUCUCGCUGCACGUGGCACUCAAGGCGCUGCGGGCACCUGAGGUGGAGCCGGCUGUGCGCGAGCGCGAGGAGGCCGUGGAGCUGCUGCUCCGGAACGGCCUCGCCAACGACUCGGACAGCGAUGCCGAGAGCCUCUUUGACAUCCGCGACCGGUAGCGCCCGGAAGCACCACGGGCGCUCACGCCGGGGGAGGGGGGGGGACUUGAGGAGCACGAGCCACCAUUCCGCUCUCGCAGGGGCACACACUCCGGCUUUGCAGUCGUAAACUUCUGUCUCACGACGUAACGUCAGAGGCGACGGCGGUGACUCGACUGUGAAGGCGCAGGGCCGCGCCUUAAGGGAGGGAGCUCAUCUCGUGCCCGCGUCGGGGCGAAUCAGAAUAUACUGUAUAUGAGAUGUGUUCCUCGGGCAGGAGCGGUCGGAGCUCGUUAUCUUUUUUGCCAAAUGUGUGUUUGCUUACCCCGGUGACACGCGUUACCCUUUGACUUUCAUCAUAAACCAAGGUGUGGGAUGAUGGGCUGAAGAAGGUACUUUUAGCCAGUAGAAGUUCAUGUUAUUCUUACCAAUGCCUGUACAGGCCAAUGACGAAUGAUAAGUAAUGCAACGAUGUUAAGGGUUGCAUGUAAACAGGACAAAACAUGCACUAUGUUGCAGGCCAUCAGUGUGUGGGUUGAAGACAUCACCAGCCUGAAGCUGACAGCGUGACCUUGUACAUUGAUCAGCAACGUAGCAGAAUGACUGACACGUGAGUCGACCCGAACGAUGCAGUCGAACGCCCUCCCCUUGCGUGCGUUUGUCCUCGGCUCGUGCCCACAACAGCUCGCCACUUGGGCACUCAUUUAAACAAGAGGGCAUUGGGUACACUCUAAAACUCCCAGCUUUGUUUCCAGCCAAUCUUAAUACCUGUUAGUUGGCAAAAAAAAAUGUUUAAGUAUUAUUCAGACUAAGAUAAAAUGUGAGACAAUCGACUUUAAUGUCAAGAUGUGUUUAAGCAACGUAGCAUUCAGUCGCAUCAUUUUGAGCUCACAAACCGCAUCACCAGGACCCCCUCAGAGGCCCCAUCUGGGAUUGGGGUUGGGGGCGUUUGUCAUCCUUGCACUAAGCGGUCCGAGCACUGACUUUGAGACUCGCCGCAACUGGUAAGGUUUAAAUGUGGUGCUUCUGUGAAUUUGUAUUAAAAAAAACCACAUGCAAUUAAAAAUAAUAAUAGAGAUAGGAAUAGGUUUUACCCUUUUAACUGGCACAAAAACUGACACCUUUAUUCAAGGUCUCAUAAAAAUAAUAGAGUUUAUCACUGAUAUCAUCUCUCGAACAGAAACAGAGCACAGCAUUUGUAAUACACAUACGUGUAUUUAAGAAAAUGUGAAAAUGAAUGUAUAGCAACGUUUGCCGCAAUGUGCUCUGUGAAUGUCACAGAGAUAGUUUGGGUGACGGGAGAAGCAUCGGGUUGGCAGACGGAGAUGGCAGUGUGGGUGAGCGUCUAUUGGUCUGAGCAUUGCAAUGCCAGAUCAGUCAACCGACCAACCCCCUUCAUGUUGCAGUUUGAGGCUGGGGAUUGUGGCUAUUCUGUAUAGCGUGCACAUCUGUCUCAACCACCUCUUGUGGUUGGCAGACAAGAGGCCUCCAUGGGAACAGUGAUGUGAACGGUUGAUUCGUGGUUUUUCUAAAUAAACUUAGACCCAUCGGAAAACCGAACUGUAUUUAUCAAUAGUCAACUGACUCCUUCCACCCACUAUGCUUCUAAAUCGGAACGUUAAACCACCACCACUCGCAUCACUCAGGGACGACUUAUUAUUAGCUUCCAAAGCAACAAAUAUCAGCACUUUUGCAAAUUCCCCACUGUAUAUGAAAUGCGGCUAACCUCUUUCUACCCAGAAUUCGCGGUAUGCGGUUUGAAUUCACUAAUGCUGUUAUGCGGUCGGGCGUGGGACAGAAUUAUGCGUGUGUACUGUGGGUACUGUGCGCGCUACUCGGCAGGCAGCUGUCUCCUCGUGCGGUUUCGCUUUGUGUACCCCGUUUCUCGUAAUGCAUCUACUACUAAUACGACUACUACUGCCGCACAGAGCGAGGGGGGGGGGAAGCCGGUAUUGUUUACGGAUCAAUGUAUGAAGGCCGAACCCCCGUGUGUCAACAACCUGAAGAUUUUCGGUGCGCUUGCGCGUCCGUGAGAUCUGCUGCCCGAUCCGGUGGUCGGUGGCUUCUGAUGCGUAGGUGUUUUGAUGAAGCCAAAGUUUUCAUUGUAAUUUAAUUUCACCGAGAUGUAUAAAUUAGUUUUGUCCCAAUGGCUGCAAUAUAUUGACACAUCUUUUGGGAAUGUACAUAAUAACAAUUAUAAUAAAAACAUAGUCUAAGUAUUGAAA